UUAGGAGCGUGGAGCCCUGAAGCGAUGAGGAGGAGCUCGCAGGAAGCUGAAGAGGAAGACGAGGAGGAGCAGAGAGGAAGACGAGGAGGAGCAGAGAGGAAGACGAGGAGGAGCAGAGAGAGGAGGAAGAACUGUGACAGAACAAGCGCAGCCAAUGAAAACGUGCCGCGCAUUCAGAGUCAUCCGGAGAACGUUUGGGAGCAGAGGGCGGGGCCUCUGAUGUCCGUCUGCCUACUGAUUGGCUAGAGCAAUGGCCGUCACCAAGGAGGAGAAGCUGCAGGGAGGCAGGAGGGUGUCGGGGGUCACGACCCCGCCGGAGGGAGGCUGGGGCUGGAUGAUCGUCGCCGGCUGCUUCCUGUCCACCAUCUGCAUCCGGGCAGUGACCAGAUGUGUGUCCUUGUUCUUUGUGGAGUUCCAGCUGCACUUUGAGAAGGAUUACGCCUCCACGGCCUGGACCCACAGUCUGGUGGACUGCACCACCAUGCUGUGUGCUCCUCUAGGAAGCUUCCUGGCCAACCGGCUCUCCUGCAGAGUGACAGUGAUACUCGGAGGUCUUCUGUCGUCAGCCGGUCUGGUCCUCAGCUCCUUCGCCUCCAGUCUGGAGUUCCUCUACGUCUCUCUGGGCAUGGUCACAGGUCUGGGCUUUGCUCUCAGCUACACACCCGCUAUAGCGCUGGUUGGGCGGUACUUCAGCGAGAGGAAAGCUCUGGCUUACGGCGUCGCCAUGUCUGGGAGCGGCAUCGGCACCUUCGUCCUGGCUCCCGCCGUCCAGCUGCUGAUCCAGCGUUACACCUGGAGGGGAGCGCUGCUCAUCCUCGGAGGCUUAGUUUCCAACCUGUGUGUGUGUGGAGCUCUGAUGAGGCCGCUGCAGCCGAGAGGACGCCGACGGACGUUGGAGACGAAUGAGUCGAACCCGGAGAAAGUUUCAAAGACCAGAGAGUCCAAAGGCAAUGAGCUGGACUUGAUGGGACCUCGAGGGCUCUUCAUAUCCAACGGCGCGCUCGCUACCUUUAAACUCCAACACGACAAACUGGUUCAGGGGACCAUCGCGCUGCUGCUGCCGAGCUCGAGCCCGCCGGAUCCCAACGCCACCGACCCGAAGGUAGCCGAGUCCAUUUUACUCAGCAACAAGCUGACGGAGGCGAUGCUCGAGGGGAUCGGACGCCCGGAUCCCGAACCAGCGGAUGGAAGCAGAGCGGAGGAUUCAAAACUGGUGGAGAGCAUGGCGGAAAAGUCAGAAGACUCAGGACUCCCUGAAGACCACCACUUGGUUAUGUCUCCCGCAGAGCCUCCAGCGAGCACAAGGACCUCCUCCUCCAGAGGUCCCUGUUUGUCUCCGGAGUACGGGUUUCUCCUGGUCCCCGACUUCCUCCUCCUGUCCGUGUCCUUCCUGUUCCUGGCGUACGGCUGCAGCGCCCCGGUGGUCUACCUGGUGCCGUACGCCCUCAGCGUCGGGCUGGAGAGCCAGCGGGCCGCCUUCCUCAUGUCCAUCUUCGGGGUCAGCGGCAUCGUGGGCAACAUCACCUUCGGCUGGAUCACGGACAGGAAGUGUCUGAAGAGGUAUCGCAUGCCGAGCUACAUGGUGGCGAUCGGCAUGGAGGGCCUCUGCUGCGCCUUCCUCCACCUCCUGCGCUCCUUCUCCCUCCUCGUGCCGUUCGCCCUCCUCUACGGGUACUUCGACGGGGCGUACGUGGCGCUCAUCCCCGUGGUGACCUCUGACAUCGUAGGCUCCUCCCACCUGGCCUCCGCUCUGGGUGUGGUCUACUUCCUGCAUGCCAUCCCCUACCUGAUCAGCCCGCCCAUAGGAGGCUGGUUGGUCGACUGGACUGGCGGCUACGCGGCGACCUUCUCUCUCAGCGCGGCAGCCUUCGUGGUCAGCUCCGGGGUCCUAGCGUCCGCCUGGUUAGUCCGACGCUUUCGGAGCGCCGCCACUGAGCAGAGCCUCAUAUGACCUGUGAAUGUGUGUGUGAUGUGUGUGUACAUGUGUGUGUGUGAACAGUAGUGUGAAUGUGUGUGUGAACGUGUGUGAUGUGUGUGUACAUGUGUGUGUGUCAGAAGUCUGUUUCCAUAACCACCGUCAAUAAAUAACCACUUCAUCGUUA